AUGGCUCCGAAACACUCCAAGAGGUCGCAGAAACUUGCUCUCGACCCCAACCAAUUCGCCAAUCUUCUUCAAGAGGUUGCCGGACAACUUCCCGCUGGUGUUCAAUUAGACGACUCUGUCCUCAAAGCCCUCAAAGAGGCGACUAACUCGCAUUUGAACGAAAUAAUGAAGGAAAAGAAAAGUGAAGAUAAGAAAGAGAAUGCGGAGAAUCAAAAGACACAGUCAUAA